CAUACUGAUGUUGUUUUGUAAAUCUUAUUAAAAUCGCAGCGCUGUCUCCCCCCUCUCUGUCCUCUGCAACAUUUCAGCUAGCUGAAGUUCUCUUUGCUCUCCGGUGUCUUUUGGGUCGGUUGAAGGGCUCCGGAGCAGGAAAAUAAAAACCAAACACUCCACAAUGGCGGCAAUUCUCCGGUCCAUUUUAAACAAGAAGGCACCCCUCCAGCUGGGUCGCAUGUGUUACUCCUCCUCCUCUGUGCCCACCACCAAGCUGUUCAUUGAUGGCAAGUUUGUUGAGUCCAACAGCUCCGAAUGGCUCGACAUUCACAACCCUGCCACUAAUGAGGUGGUGGGACGUGUUCCCAAAGCUACCCAGGAGGAGAUGCUGGCAGCUGUGGACUCCUGCUCCAGAGCCUAUCAGUCCUGGUCCGAGACCUCCAUCCUCAGCAGGCAGCAGAUCUUCCUGCGCUACCAGCAGCUCAUCAAGGACAACAUAAAAGAGCUGGCUAAGAUGAUCACUUUGGAGCAGGGCAAAACUCUUGCUGAUGCAGAGGGAGACGUGUUCAGAGGACUUCAGGUGGUAGAGCAUGCCUGCAGCAUCACAUCGCUCAUGCUCGGGGAGACGUUACCCUCCAUCACCAGGGACAUGGACACUUACACAUACCGCCUGCCCAUCGGCGUGUGUGCCGGCAUCGCCCCCUUUAACUUCCCCGCCAUGAUUCCUCUGUGGAUGUUCCCCAUUGGUAUGGUGUGUGGCAACACCUACCUGAUGAAGCCCUCUGAACGGGUCCCAGGAUGCACCAUGCUCCUGGCCAAGAUGCUGCAGGACGCCGGAGCACCAGAUGGCACACUCAACAUCAUCCACGGCCAGCACGCAGCGGUGAACUUCAUCUGUGACCACCCGGCCAUCAAAGCCAUCAGCUUCGUGGGCUCCAACCCAGCUGGAGAGCACAUCUACGAGCGAGGGUCCAAGAACGGCAAGAGAGUGCAGUCCAACAUGGGUGCCAAGAACCACGGUGUGGUGAUGCCUGAUGCCAACAAAGAGAACACCAUCAACCAGCUGGUGGGCGCCGCCUUCGGAGCAGCUGGCCAGCGCUGCAUGGCUCUCUCCACUGCUAUUUUUGUCGGAGAGUCUCGCGAAUGGCUCCCAGAGCUGGUGGAGCGUUCCAAAUCACUGCGCGUCAACGCAGGGGAUCAGCCCGGCGCAGAUGUGGGUCCCCUGAUCUCUCCUGAAGCCAAGUCCAGAGUGGAGUCUCUGAUCCAGAGCGGGGUGGACGAGGGUGCCAAGCUGCUGCUGGACGGGAGAGACGUCCAAGUCAAAGGAUACGAAAGUGGAAACUUUGUCGGACCCACCAUCCUGAGCGCUGUCACGCCGGCCAUGAAGUGUUACAGAGAGGAGAUUUUUGGGCCGGUGCUCGUCGUCCUGGAGGCCGACACUCUCGACGACGCCAUUUCUUUAAUCAACAGUAACCCCUACGGUAACGGCACCGCCAUCUUCACCAGCAACGGAGCCACAGCCCGCAAAUACACACACGAGGUGGACGUCGGCCAGAUCGGCGUGAACGUGCCCAUCCCCGUCCCCCUCCCCAUGUUCUCCUUCACCGGCUCCAGAGGCUCCUUCAGAGGAGACACCAACUUCUACGGCAAGCAGGGCAUCCAGUUCUACACGCAGAUCAAGACUGUGACGUCACAGUGGAAGGCCGAGGACGCCACCCUGACGAGCCCGGCUGUUACCAUGCCAACCAUGGGACGCUAAGCUGACAGCAUUAUCCCUCAGUGACUUCUCAUUUGCCUUAAGAAGAAGAAGCCCAAGGAGGGGAUUGGAGACAUUAAAUUACUUUUUGACAGAUAUUCACACCGGAGAUUUUUAGUUGGUGAUUGUUUUGACUUUGACCAUCUCAGACCUGUUGCUGCACAACACGAAAAUGCAAAAAAAAAGAAAAAUCACCUCAUUUGGAGAUGUGGGAGAUGGUGCUGUGAGCCUCUGUGUGGUUUUGUUGUAUUUUGCACCAGUUUUCUCCAGUUCAUGUCCUUCCCAGGUGAACUACGGUGUAAUCACAGUCAGUCAUUUUUCAUUCUCUGAAACCUACAUUAGAUAUAAAGAGGAUCAGGGAUUCUGCCUUUAAUGUCUUCCAUCAUUUUCCUCUGUGGUUCUUUGUGUAGACACUUUUAAAAGUAGAUAUAAGAGAAGCAAAUGUUACAUUAGAACAGGAGCACACUUUUCUCUGCUGCUCCGUUAAAACUGAAAUAAUGGCUGCAGAUCUCGUCCCCUCUGUAUGUGCUUUUUAUCCUGUCUCCUGUCCAGUGUUGGGACAGACGUGUGUUUUCUGUGUGUUGUAUAGAGGUCCACGGUUUUGUACUGUAUUGUCGGAGUGACACUUUUUCUGAACAUGAAUGGUAUAAAAGUUAAAUUGCAGUGUUUAACGUGACAUGGUUUUGACAUUCAUUAUGAAGAAAGAAACUAUUUGAGCCACUUCAAACGUUGUCCCCCUGACUGACUCAUUAUGUCUCUUGGGUGAAGACAAAGAGGUUACGAUAAGGGUGUUUGAGUCUGUAGUCAACAGUUUGAAUAAAAACACCGUAAUGUGA